GGUGGGCACACAGACAGACUCACUGCCACUUCACCGCACCGCUCCCCCCUUUCCCCACUCUUCUCCAACCCCCGGACGGAGGUGAAGAACCCAAAAACCCUCAUUUCCCCCUCUUUCUUCCUCAUUAAUCGUGUGAGAUCCGGGCAUUUCUUCGUUGUGGCUCCUCUGCUCCCGGAUCCUGCUCUGCUUUUUGGUGCUAGCGGAAGUGAUCGGAAGCCUGCAGUAUGGGCAAUCUGUGCUGCUGUGUUCAAGUUGACCAGUCCACCGUGGCCAUCAGGGAGCAGUUUGGGAAGUUUGACAGUGUGCUUGAGCCAGGAUGCCACUGCCUGCCUUGGAUCUUUGGGAAACGUGUAGUUGGCCAUCUCACACUCAGGUUGCAGCAGCUGGAUGUGCGCUGUGAAACUAAGACAAAGGACAAUGUGUUUGUCACUGUUGUUGCAUCGAUUCAGUACCGACCUCUGGCUGGCAAAGAAAGUGACGCAUACUACAAACUGACCAACACAAGAUCCCAGAUUCAAGCCUAUGUCUUUGAUGUGAUCAGGGCAAGUGUUCCAAAGCUCAACCUGGAUGAUGCUUUCGUGCAGAAGAACGAUAUAGCAAAGGCUGUGGAGGAUGAACUUGAAAAGGCUAUGUCGGCAUAUGGCUUUGAGAUCGUGCAGACCCUCAUUGUCGACAUCGAGCCAGAUGCGCAUGUCAAGCAGGCGAUGAAUGAGAUCAAUGCAGCUGCAAGGAUGAGGGUGGCUGCAAACGAGAAGGCGGAGGCUGAGAAGAUUGUCCAGAUCAAGCGUGCCGAGGGUGAAGCAGAGGCCAAGUACCUGUCUGGCCUCGGUAUCGCCCGCCAGCGCCAGGCCAUUGUGGAUGGCCUGAGGGACAGCGUCCUGGGCUUCUCAGUCAAUGUGCCUGGCACCACUGCAAAGGAUGUGAUGGACAUGGUGCUGAUCACCCAGUACUUCGAUACUAUGAAAGAGAUUGGCGCGUCCUCCAAGUCCUCGGCGGUGUUCAUCCCCCAUGGCCCUGGUGCGGUGCGCGACAUCGCCACGCAGAUCCGUGACGGUCUUCUUCAAGGCCAGUCUGCCUCUGACAACUAGCAGUUUGCUUCGCCGGCAUGAACUUUGAAGCUGCUGGUGGUUUGUGGUUUGCUAGCUAUUGCCUACAGUACUGUCUAAUAUGAUGCAUGCCGUAUUAUUUAUGAACCUAUAUGGAACCAUAUGUGGAUCGUGGCAUGCCAUGCCUUAGGUUGAUGUGCAGUAACAAAACCUUUAACCUUGUGUGAAUGCAGGAUGAUAUAAGUGUGUUAUGAAAUGUUGGUGAUGAACUUGAUCUAA